AUGUACACUUGCUUGGUUGUACAGAUACAUUGGUCAGGCGUCUCGUGCUGGUGCCAGGGGGUGGCUGGUUGUCUCACACUUCUGCAGUGUUGGAUCUACGAGUAUUUUCCGGGUUUCAGGCCAUCUCACUUCGAGCCACCCGUCGUUGGACCUGAUGAGGCUUGGGCUUCACGAUGGAUUGGGCAGCUGGUACCUGGUUCUGUGGCUGAUCCCAGUGUGAGGUUGGCGCCGUCGAGCUCUUGA